AAACGUUCCGCGUUUUACCAUGCACUUUUUCCUUAAACAACAAAGAUGGCGUCAGCUCGAGUCGCAAGAAUCCUAAAAAAAUUCAAUCUACAAAGUUAUAUCUGCGGCGCAUCUCACGUUAGCACACGGAGUCUACUUACAAGUGCAAGACUAUUUGAUGUGAAUCCAGAAAUCCCUGACGCUACGUAUGGAGGACGACACACUGUAACUUUAAUACCAGCUCACGGAAUUGGCCCAGCAUUAAUUUCGGGAACAGAGGAUGUUUUUGGAAGUGCAGGUGUUCCUGUCGAUUUCGAAGAAGCGCAUCUAGUUGGGGACAAUGAUGAAGAGAUUUUACAUUCAUUUAAUGAUAUUGUUACUGCAGUUCGAAGGAAUGGAACAGCACUGAAGGGUAAUUGGAUAACAGAUUUGGGUAAAAUCGGGGGGAAGUCAUUUAAUGUUGCUCUAAGGCACGAUUUAGAUUUAUAUGCAAAUAUUGUAAAAUGUAAGUCCUACCCUACAGUUAAAACAAGACACAGUGAUGUUGAUCUGGUCAUUAUUAGAGAAAAUACAGAAGGCGAGUAUAGCAACCUAGAGCAUGAAAAUGUCCCAGGUGUUAUUGAAAUGAUGAAAAUCAUAACAGAAGAAAGUUCUAACAGGAUUGCUAAAUUUGCAUUUGAGUAUGCAAGACAUCAUGAUCGAAGAAAGGUAACUGCAGUUCAUAAAGCUAACAUCAUGAAGAUGAGUGAUGGACUCUUUUUAAGUUGUUGUCGGGAAAUGUCAAAAAAAUAUCCUGAUAUUGAAUUCAAUGAUAUGAUCAUUGACAACUGUGCUAUGCAGAUAGUGUCUAAGCCUGAACAGUUUGAUGUAAUGGUUAUGCCAAAUCUCUAUGGAAAUGUUAUCACAAGCAUUGGUGCAGCCUUAGUAGGAGGUCCAGGUAUUCCACCAGGGGAAAAUCACGGUCAAAAUCUGCAUGUCUAUGAAGCUGGCACAAGAAAUUGUGGUAAAGAAAUAGCUGGAGACAACAUUGCAAAUCCCAUGAGCAUGUUAUUUGCUGCCACAUCAAUGCUUCGUCACCUGGGAUUAUCAAGACAUGGUCAUUUAAUUGAUGUGUGUAUCUACAAUAUAGUGUCUUCUGGUAAAGCUCGACCUCUUGAUAUUGGUGGUCAAACAACUACAACAGAGUUUUUUGAUGUGCUUAUUUCAGAAAUUGAAGGACUAAGGAACCGAAGAAAAAGUUACCAGUAAAAAGUAAUUUUCUUUUGUUGUUAUAUAUGGUUAAAGCUUUCUUGUAAAUUAAAUUUCACUGUAAAAAAGUAAUAGUUCUGGUACAA